UUUCCUCUUUUUAGGUAUUUCUUUUCUUAAAAUGACCUUGUUAUUCUGACAAAUGAGAAAUAUUGUUUAAGUUACUGAGGUAUUAGGUCCUCAAGUAUUAGCACUUUACUUUGUAUUUCUUGAAUUCAAAAUUUAGACACAGUGCUGGGUACCUGCUUACUUGUUUCCUUUUAACAGUCUUCAUUUCUUUUUCCAAAAGCUAUCUCAGAUUCAUGGAGCCACAGAAUCUAACAGGUGUCUCUGAAUUCUUCCUCCUGGGCCUCUCUGAGGAUCCAGAACUGCUGCCUUUCCUCUUUGGGCUGUUCCUGACCAUGUACCUGAUCACCGUACUUGGGAAUCUACUCAUUAUCUUGGUGGUUGGCUCUGACUCCCACCUCCACACAGCCAUGUACUUCUUCCUCUCCAACCUGUCCUUGGCUGACAUUGGUUUUACCUCCACCACAAUCCCCAAGAUGUUAGUGAACAUCCAGACACGCAGGAAAUCCAUCACCUAUGUGGGCUGCCUGAUACAAGUGUCCUUUUUUUCCGUAUUUGGAUGUCUGGACAGUCUUCUCCUGACUGCGAUGGCUUAUGACAGGUUUGUGGCCAUCUGUCACCCCCUGCACUACACAGUGAUCAUGAACCCCCGCCUCUGUGGCUUGUUAGUUUUAGUGUCUUUUGCCAUCAGUCUUUUGGACUCCCAGCUGCACAUUUCAAUGGUGUCACAACUUACCUUCUGCAAGAAUGUGGAAAUCCCUCAUUUUUUCUGUGACCCUCCUCAACUCCUCAACCUUGCCUGUUCUGAUACCUCCACUGACACCAUAUUACUCUAUUGUAUUGGUGCCAUCUUUGGUGGUGUUCCAGCCUCAGGGAUCCUUUUCUCUUAUAUGCGAAUUGGUUCCUCCAUUCUGAAAGUCCCAUCAUCAGGUGGGAAGUAUAAAGCUUUUUCCACCUGUGGCUCUCAUCUGUCAGUUGUUUGCUUAUUUUAUGGAACAGGUAUUGGAGUGUAUCUCAGUUCAGCUGUCUUAUCUUCCUCUAGGAAAGGUGCAGUGGCCACAGUGAUGUACACUGUGGUGACCCCAAUGCUGAACCCCUUCAUCUACAGCCUGAGGAACACGGACAUCACGAGAGCCCUGUGGAGGCUCCUUGGCAGAACAAUCUAAUGUCAACACUUGUGCCAUCUUUUCGAGUGUGUGAGUUGGAAAAGACGGCAAAACCCAACAUCUGCAAUCAGAAAUCUUGCCUCUUUGGUUAUAUAACUUCUGUAGCUUUCAUAGCUUUCUGUCUCAAGUUUUCAUUUCCUUUGUUGUAUCUUUAGUGGAAUUGUGGGAGAAUUCUGGGUAAUGUCAAACUGCUUGAUAAAAUCCCAUUAUAGCUAUGGAGCCUUCGUAGUUUCUCAUCUAUGGCUCAGGCUUCCUGAUAAAACACACAAAGUUAUUUCUAUAUAUUUAGAAUCCUCAUC